AUGCUAGUGUCGAGGUUGCCACAGUUAGCGGCGAGGCCAUAUGCAGUCGGGCGGGGCUGUGCGGCGGGGGCGUGCGGGCAGAGACGGCCGAUCAUGGGAUUCGUGCGGAACGCGCUGGGGUUGGACCCUCCGGCGUCGCCAGAUGAGCCAACGGACGAGAACCGGUUCCACGUGUGGGAGCAGUCGCCGUCGCCGGACCUGCGGGAGCGGGCGGCGCGGAUCCGGGCGUUGGCACGGUGCCCGGUUACAGGCAAGGACAUCCGGUACAGCUGCGAGCGCUCGGGGAUCCCGACGCACCACUCGCGCGAGGCGUGGGAGCAGGACGAGGAGUACCACCGCAGCAAACGGUGGGCGACGCUGCGGAAGGUGAACGUGUACGAGCACGACCUGCGCAGCGGGCGGCCGUUUGCGGAGUUUGAUUUUCCGCAGGAACAGGGCCGCGACAGAAUGGUGAACAUGCUGAACUGGGACCUGUUCCUGUAUACGCGGCAGUUCUACUCAAUGGACACGGAUUUCCAGCUGGCGGCGGUGACGAAGAUGCUGUCGUACCCGAUCACGAUCGGGUCGCUGCUGCACCAAUUCUCGCCGUACGCCCUGGAGCCGCGGGGGCCGAUCACGCUGGAGGGGCUGAAGUCUCUUGCGGCGCUGCGCUACACGCUGUACCCGGAGAGCGAGAGCGCGCGCGCCGUGCGCUCGAAGCCCAUGCGCAUUUUCAUCCUCGGCGCGCGCGCGGAGGCGCAGCUGCCGGGGCACGUCUGGAAGCAGCUGCAGUACCUGUUCCCCGGCUCUAACAUGGAGAUACACUUCAUCGGCCCGGAGGCGCUGUACGACCGCCAGCGCAAGGAGUACGUCCACAGUAGCACGCCGGUUUCCAAGCGCGUGGAUGGCACGCUGAAGCUUGUGCACCACACUGACUACCUCCACGUCUUCCACGAGGCACAGGACUUCUUCCCGUACGACCCGUACAACGACGUGUUCUUCUGCUUCCACCCGGGCUUUGCGUCAGCCGAGGGCAGGAGCUCGUGGAUGGACAAGACCGUCCCUGCGCUGCUCGAGACCAAGUGUGCCAUCUUCGUCACCGGCUUCCAUCGCGAUGACAUGUUCGGCGACUUUGAAGCGCUGCGCGCCAGCCACGACGCGGAGAUGGACGUCCUCAUGCACCCAACCAAAAACAUCUUUGGCAGCACCAAGUGGGAGCUGAACGACAUGAACCCCCACGAGGUCUAUCAGUUCAAUAUGUACAUUGCCGGUUUCCGCGGCAAGCGUUACCACGCCAUCCAGGUCUAA